AGCAAAGGCACGAAACGCUUGUGUUGAAAAAGCCAUUGAGUUAAAAGACCAAGCUGUUUCUGAAAUUGUUGAACGAGAAUUAGCUAAACAAGAAGAAAAUCCCGAAUACGAAACUUGUUAUACUCUUAAGGAUCUAAAUAUUGUUAAAGACCAUUUGGACCAAAUUAAACAUCACGUUGACUUAUCACCUCGAACUUCACCUUCUCUAUUGCCACGAGGCGGUAAUUUAAGUCCGAUAUUCCCAGUCGAAUUGACCCAAACUAGAUCAUCUCCACCAGGCAGCAACCCUCAAAGUCCAAAUCGAAGUAUUUUUGAAAUUAACGACGAAAGUGACGAAGAAGAGUAUCGACCACUAGGAGAAGGAUCCCGAACUAAUAAUAACCUAGAAAAUUACGAAAGAAUUAUUAUACAAGGAUCAGCACACAAUACCGAGAAUAACUUUUCAGAAACUAGUGACUCUUCUGCAUCUGAAGUUGAAAUAAAUAUUAACCCACCUCAAGAUUACGAACAGGAGGAAGACCCACAAGAAUGGUAUGAAGACUUCUUAAUGGCCGCUCAAGCAAACGGAUGGAAUGCCAAUCACGGCAAUGCACAUACUUGGGAUCAACUUUCAGCUGCUUUUACAGCCAAGUAUCUAAACAACGAUUUCUGCGAACAAUGGACUGAGGAAUUACGAGGUUUUAAACAACGCAGAAGUGAGACUGUUGAAGACUACUAUUACCAAGUUAGGCGAAUGGCUACUCGAGCUGAACUAAAUCCUGCUGCCACUCUUCCUUACUUUGUUCGAGGAUUAUUACCUGAGAUUAAGGCCGUAGUUAAGACAUAUGCUCCUGUUGAUCUGGCUAAAGCUUUAACAAAAGCUAAACUAUAUGAGUCUGGAAUAUGGAAACGAAAAAGUCCCAAAAAAAGUACUGACAAUAUAAAAGUUCCAGCAAUGAAAGUUCUGCUAGCUCAAGUUGGACAUUUUGCUCGUGACUGUCUAGUUGAAAAGAAAACAUACCCUCAAAAUCAAAAUAGACGAAAUGUCAGUUAUGUUGAAUAUGACAAUGACAGAAGACCAAAGAAUCCUGUACCUCCAAAAGCUACACCUGUUAUCAAUAAUCAACAACCUGAGAUCUUGGAACAAGAUGAAGACCAAGUCCAACAAGACCUUGAGUAUGAACUUGAGAGUGAACUAGAUGAAAAUGAAACCUUCCAUUCUGAGAUGUCUGAUUAUUGGGAUGAACAAGACUUAUAUUCUAACCCCUGGAAACAAGAAGAAUAUAAAGAUUUUUGCGAAAUUGAAACACCCAACGACUAUAACCCUGCACUCUAUUUAACUGAAACUAUAACAGAAGAUAAACCUCCCUUCCAAGUAGGAGUACUAGAUAAAAUACAAGAACAAAAAGUAGAUGAACUAUUUACAGGAUACCCUGAUGAAUCUGACCUGAUGAAGAAAAAUUGA